AUUAACGAAAAUGAAGAUCGGACGGAACCACUUUCGUAAAUUUGGUCUUGUUUAAGGUUGUCAAAAGUAAGGUUACAGGUCAGCUGUCAAUUUCACGUGUGUAGUGUUUAUUUCUUGUAUUUUUUUGUAAAUUAAGUUAUACGAGAGUGAAUUGUGUAAUAUCUAGUCAAUUUUUUACAAACAAAAUGACAAAUACGCAAGAAUCGGACAUAAAUCCUGAAGAAGAUUUGUACUAUUUCGAAACGGAUCACUUGGCUUUGAGAGGAAAUAAGGACUAUAGUGAGGUUCUUAAAAACUUGCUCAUUCUGUGUGCUCAGAGAAAACAAGCAAUAAAGGACUAUAACAAAGCAGUAGAAUUGAAGAAAGAAGCACUGGCAGACCCGGCCAAAGUCUUGGAGAAAAUUAUAAAAGGGGAGUCUUUGGGAAUGCCAGAUAUGCACCGCAUGCCUGAAUUGCCGGUUAUUGACUGGUCAAAGUACGAUAUUAAAAUCCCGGAGGAAAGUUUCAAAUUGAUUUAUUCAGACGGUUCUGAGACUGUUAAGAAAAAACCCGAAACGCCGAAAAAAGAAACGAAAAUUUCACAUGGGAAAUGGACAACAGAAGAGCAGAAACGUUUAGAAGAAUUGCUCCAAAUUUAUCCGCCUGAACCGGUUGAAAUGAGACGGUUUAAAAAAAUCGCUGAUGCUUUAGGUAAUCGAACAAUUCAGCAAGUCACGAGCCGAAUUCAGAAAUAUUUUGUGAAAUUGUACAAAGCUGGAUUGCCAAUUCCUGGCCGAAUUCCAAAAUCUGCCGAAAAACACAAAAGAACGUCAUUACAUAAGCACCAGCGUCACAAUCAUUAUUUAUGGAAACCUACAACUUUUUUCCCCGAUUUAUGUGUUCCUGUAGUAAUGAAUGACUUGGAUAAUGUUCCUGGACCUAGUUCGAAAAUUACAGAUGAGAUACAGCCUUCUACAAGUUCCAAUUAUCUCAUACCUUCGGUUUAUCACCAGGAGAGUGAGAUUUUGCCCCAAAAAAGUGACAGUGAGUUACAGCUGGAACUUUUAAAACGGAUACGAAAAGUUAAAAUUAGGGAGAAUGAGAGUGGGUCUAAUUUCCAACACGUGGGAUUUAAAUGUGAUUAUUGCAACGAUGAACCAAUAAUUGGCACCAGAUGGCAUUGUAACACUUGCAAAAAUGACUCAAUUGAUUUUUGUACAGACUGUGUUUUAACACAAAUUUAUUCCGAUAAUAGCCACCCUUUAAACCACAAUUUAAUCGCAUGUGGUGAUAGAGAAAUUGAAAGUGAUUCAGAGUCAAAUAGUGGCAGUUUGGAUCAAAAUAACGAAUCAAGUGAUGAAGAAAUGAGCGAUAUUUCGGAUAAUGUCAAGGACCAAGUGAUGGCAAACGGAAUGGACGAAAGCGAGAAAAUUGAUAAUAAAAAUCAAAGUGAAGAAAUGCCAAAGUUGGAGUUUGGUAAUUAUGGUAAUGACGAGUUUGUGGACGGACUUGGGUCCGAUUUGUUCAGCGAAAUUGAAAAUCUUUCAUACGAUUAUUUGCACUCGAAUUUGUUGCUUGAUAAGGAUUGAACGUUUUGUUGUUGAAGAUUUUAUUUAUUUAUUGCCUUUGUUUGUAUGUAAAUUUGUGAUUGCAAUGAAAAGUUUUUU